AUGAAGCAGGAUAGAUUAAGAGUGAGGGCUAAGUGUAGAAGUGAAGGCUGCCAUUGGGAGAUUUAUGCAAGAAAAUUGGCAGAUGAGGGUAGUGUGCAAAUCAAGACAAUUGAGGACACUCAUACAUGUGGUUUUACCUAUGACAAUCCACUAGUAAAUUCUGGAUGGGUUGGUAGAAAAUAUGCUGAGGAGUUUAGGACUAAUCCAAAGGUAAAUAUGGAGCACUUUAGGAAGAAAGUAAUGAGGAAAAAUAUGUGUUCUUUCUCCAAAAAACAAACAUAUAGAGCUAGAAAUAGGGCUUUCAAAAUUAUUCAUGGCAGUGAAAGUGAUCAAUAUGGCAAGUUGGGAGCAUACAUGAAUGAAAUUCAGAAAUCCAACCCUGGUAGCUCCAUUAUUUUGAAGACUGUGAUGAAUCUACAAGCACAACAACACAAUAACAGAGGUUCCAAAGGCUGGUCAGUUGGGGGAAUUCUAUUGAUAGCUGUUGGAUUCGAUGCUAACAACAGCAUCUAUCCAGUUGCAUAUGCCAUAGCAAAGGGAGAAAACAAAGAAUCUUGGGCAUGGUUCUUUAAAUUGCUGAAGGAAGAUUUAAAGAUAGAGAGGAGGGAUUAUGAGCUGAUAAUCAUAAGUGACAAGCAAAAAGGCCUAAUUCAGGCCUGUGACCUUGUUUUCCCAAAUGCAGUUCACAGGUUUUGUGUGAAACACAUGCAUGCAAACUUUUCAAGUGUUGGAUUCAAAGGAGAAACUCUCAGAAAAGCGUUAUGGACUGCUGCAAAGGCAACUACACCAGCUGAAUUUUCCAGCAAAAUGGAGGAAAUGGCAGCAAUUGACAUUGAUGCAGCUAGCAAAAUAGUCGAUGCUAGGGAGAAACCAAUCAUUGAAAUGAUGGAAUUGUUGAGGCUAUAUCUGAUGCAAAGGAUGCAGCAAAAUAGAGACUUGGCUAGAUCAAGAUAG